UGUAGCAAGUAACUCCAUCACGGUAAAAACAGUGGGAGGAGAGAGGGGGAGAGAAAGAGAGAGACGGGGAAGACUGGGACACACGUACUGUCCCCAUGGUCUUUUUAAGUAGCUUUCUACAAGAGAACGUCCGGAACUGGAAAAGUGGGCUACAUUCUGAAAGGGUAUUUUUGACCACGGUAACAAGAUGUGUACCCCGCGCUGUAUAGGGCAGCUGGCGUGCUGCUGUGGCUCGGCAGCCUGCUCCUGUUGUUGUGGAUGCUGUCCUAAAAUCAAGCAGUCCACAUCGACACGCUUCAUGUACGCCCUCCUCUUCCUCCUCGUCACCGUCAUCUGUGUCGUCAUGAUGUCACCCACCGUGGAGCAGGAGAUGAGGGACCACAUCCCAUUCUACAGUGACCUGUGUGAGAAGCUGAAGGCUGGUGAGAACUGCUCUAUCUUGGUGGGUUACUCUGCUGUGUACAAGGUCUGCUUCGGCAUGGCCUGCUUCUUCUUCUUCUUCUGUAUCUUCACCCUACGAGUUAACUCUGCCACCGGCUGCCGCGCCGCCAUACACAACGGGUUUUGGUUCCCGAAGUUCGUAGUGUUGUUGGCCUGCUGUGUUGGAGGAUUCUUCCUGCCAGAGCAGGACACCUUUCUGGAAGUGUGGAGGUAUGUGGGAGCUGUAGGGGGGUUUCUCUUCCUGCUGAUCCAGCUCAUGCUGCUGGUGGAGUUUGCUCACAGAUGGAACACUAACUGGAGUUCAGGUGUGAAGGACAACCGUCUGUGGUAUGGGGCGCUGGCUCUGGCCACCUUGGUGUUGUUCAGUGUGGCCGUAGGAGCUGUGGUGUUCAUGGCUCUGUUUUACACACACUCUCAGGCCUGUCUGCUCAACAAGGUGUUCCUGGGGGUCAACGGCAGCCUCUGUUUCAUAGUCACUAUGCUGGCUAUAUCUCCCUUCAUACAGAGACUCCAGCCUAAGUCUGGCCUGCUCCAGCCAGGAGUGAUCAGUGUGUACGUCAUGUACCUCACCUUCUCAGCCUUCUCCAGCAAGCCCAAAGAGAUGUUGGAGGUUAAUGGGGUGAAUACGACAGUGUGUGUGUUCCCUUUCAACUCUGGUUCAGAGAGCGACAAGAGGAUUGUAACAGGAGUGGGAACUGUCAUCCUGUUCGGCUGUGUGCUCUACUCCUGUUUGACGUCCACCACCAGACGGAGCUCUGCAGCGAUGCGUGUGAUUAGGAACAGCGUGCCUGAGACUGAAAGAGCGCGCUGCUGUUUCUGCUUUGGAGAUGACACAGAUGACUAUGAUGAGGAGCAGACUGGAGGAGGACAAAAUGUUUUAUAUGAUGAGAGACAGGGAACCAUCUACAGCUACACCUACUUCCACUUUGUCUUCUUCCUGGGUUCACUCUAUGUCAUGAUGACUGUCACAAACUGGUUCCACUUUGACAACCAUAAGAUAGAGAAGCUGCUGGAUGGCAGUUGGUCUGUGUUCUGGAUCAAGAUGGCGUCCUGCUGGGUCUGUCUCAUCCUCUACAUGUGGACCCUGCUCGCCCCCAUGGUCUGCCCCAAACGCUUCGAGGCCUAACACACACACAUGCAGACACCGAAACACAGCCCAACAUUAUUUUCUGCUUUCUACGUGGGUUUUUUGUGUUGCCUUUUGUUUUUAAUGUUUUAGUGUUUUAUAUUGAAUUUUUGACCAGUUAUGAAUACUUUAAGCUAUUGUUGCCGGGAAGGCAGUUGAUGUCUUUCAUUUUUACUAUCAUUGAUGUAUGGGGUUACAUUCAGGUUGGACUCAUAGCUUGACUCUUGGGGGUGCCUAAAACAAUGGGCUGGACCAAUGUUCAUACAAUAAUGUAUGUGGCUCCCCAUGGUCAUAGUGGUGCCCUGAUUCUGUUAUGGGAGUGUCCAGCACCAAUAUCAUUUCAACCCUGUUUACAUGUUUGCUUACAUGUGUGAUUCCCAUACUUGUCUCUGUUAUUCUUUUAUUCCCAUGAAGAGAAGUUCCAUUUCUCAGGCUCAUACAUCAGCUUGCUUGUUAUUUUUAGAUUUUUUUUUACCCUUUUUUCUCCCCAAUUUCGUGGUAUCCAAUUGGUAGUUAGUCUUGUCCCUUCGCUGCAACUCCCGUACGGACUCGGGA